AGGGAAACUGCUGAGCUGAGGAGGAGGCCACAGCCUGAUCUGCAGCAGUCCAGCCCUUGGGACUCUUCUCACAUCCUAUCUCCUAAUCAUCUCUGUCUCUGGAAUUGUCACUAUGGUGACGGUGCGCAGGCCGUGGCCCGCCAUGGUCACAGUGCUGCUGGUCCUGCUCGUCUGCUUGGGGGCGCUGGUCGACGCCUACCCCGCCAAACCCGAGGCUCCUGGCGAAGACGCCUCGCCAGAAGACCUGAGCCGCUACUACGCGUCGCUGCGCCACUACCUCAACCUGGUCACUCGGCAGCGGUAUGGGAAACGUGACAGUCCCGAAGCUCUCCUCUCCAAACUGCUUUUCCUGGAUCGCGAGGACCGCCCCGUCAAGUCGCAACCAGAAGGCGCCUACAUGUGGUGACGACCCCCAAGGCCUCCUGGGAGACACGCCAAUACACCGACCUCAUUUGCAUGUUUGCUCCUGACCCUGAAACCUGGAUUCCACUACCCGCCGGCUGCAUCUGGGGGGGCUCGGGAUGGGGCUUUCAUCCCAUUUCUCACUGCCCCACCCCGGGCUGGAGAGUUGUGUGUGGUCCUUCUAUGGUCCCUAAAUAAAGAGCAAAUUUCACU